GAGUGUGUGUGUGUGGUAGAGCGAAAGAGCGAGAGUGCCGCGCGCGCUCCUGCUCAUGACUCAAAAGUAGCAGAGACUCUUCAUCCCCUGGCUCUCUCUCUCUCUCCCUCUCUCUAUCUCUCUCUGCCUCUCUUUCCCUCUCUCCCUCUCUUUCUUUCUCUUUUUCCUCUCUCUCUCCUUCUCUCUCUCCGGGAAUGAGAAGCGAUGGCCGCGUGCGGCAGCGAGGAGAAAACCUACCGGCGUUUCCUGGAGCUUUUCUUGCGGGAGAUGAGGCCUCCGCUGCCCGAGGACGGCCCUCUUCCCACCCGGCCCUUAUCGGACUCUGUGGCGGAGGAUGAAGUGGAGGGAGAGACCCUGGACCUGUGCCUGCAGCACCUCUGCAAAUAUAACUGCCCGUUCACGCUGGCCUCCGCUCUGGCUCGAGGGACGGCCGACAACAUCCUGCAGAGUGACCUCUCCGUGUAUUACCUCAACAAAAACGUUGAGGACGGCACAGAAACGCUUCCUCAGAUCGAGGCGGUGAAGCUGGCCCGGCUGGUGUUUAAUAAGCUCUGUGAAACGUGCUGUUUGUGGCUGAAAGGCAUCCCGACUCGCCGCCACGUCCAGCCGUACUACGAGACGUCCAUCCACGCCAUCAAAAACAUGCGCAGAAAGAUGGAGGACAGACACGUGGUCAUCCCGGACUUUAACGCACUCUUUAACCUUCAGGAUCAGGAGGAGCAGGCGUUUUUCGCUGUGUUUGAUGGACACGGUGGAGUCGACGCAGCCACUUUCGCAGCCAAUCACCUGCACGUCAACCUGGUGAGGCAGGAGAUGUUCAGUCAGGACCCAGGAGAGGCGCUGUGCCGCGCCUUCAAACUGACUGACGAGCGCUUCGUACAGAAAGCAUCACGAGAGAACCUGCGCUGUGGGACCACUGGGGUCGUGACCUUCCUGCGUGGCCGGACAUUGUAUGUAGCUUGGCUGGGAGACUCACAGGCCAUGCUGGUAAAGAAAGGACAACCUGUGGAGCUGAUGAAGCCCCACAAACCAGACAGAGAGGAUGAGAAGCAGCGGAUCGAGGCGCUGGGCGGCUGCGUGAUUUGGUUCGGGACGUGGAGAGUGAACGGCAGCUUGUCCGUGUCCAGAGCUAUAGGAGACUCGGAGCAUAAGCCUUACAUCUGCGGUGACGCUGACCGCAUCACGUUUCCCUUGGACGGCACAGAGGACUACCUGAUCCUAGCCUGCGACGGCUUCUACGACACAGUGAACCCUGACGAGGCGGCGCGAGUGGUCAGUGACCAUCUGCAGGAGAACAAUGGUGACACCACCAUGGUGGCCCACAAGCUGGUGGCUUCGGCCCGCGACGCCGGCUCCAGCGACAACAUCACGGUCAUCGUGGUAUUCCUCAGGGACCCGCGGGCACCUCCGCCGUCAGAGGAGCCAGAGGAGGAGGGAGAGGAACCAGGGGAGGAGCCAGUGGAGGAGGCAGAGCCGGAACAGGAGGAGGAGGAAGAAGAGGAAACUUCGCAGAGCGAGUUGGUUUGUCAGGACGGUGGAGGAGAGAACGGCGGGAAAUCUCGUGCCGGCUGGCCACUGCAGCAGUGCUCGGCUCCGGCUGAUUUGGCGUAUGAAGAUCGCAUGGAUUCGUUUACGGACAGAACCAGCCUGAGCAUCACUGGGCCAGAGCCUUUUUCAGAAAAAGGCUGCUUCCGGAUGCCUCCGGAGGCCCAAGGCCCACCAGUCAGAACCUUCUGGCCGGACUUGGGGGCGGGCGGAGGCCGGGUUCAGCGCCCCCACUUGGAAACGGAGGGUUACUGCGGGCUUAGGCACCAAAAAUGGCCUAAAUCUCAAGUCCCCUCAUUUACAAAUCCCAUGACUGGACAAUGGCUAGAGGCGGCUGCUCUGUUCCCCCAGCAGGGGAGGAGAAAGAGAAGGAUGGAAGGAGUGGUGCUGAGGAGGGAGAUGAAGAAGCGGCGGAUUUUGAUGGCUCGAGAGCUCUGCUGCCCUUCGAGCCCUCACCCUAAUGUGCCCUAUCCGCUCCGCUGCAUAGAGAGCAGGCCCGGGGUCGCCCUGCCUCGCGUAACACACGACUAAAACCGGGUCUAAACCCUAAACCUGCAUUAUACUGCUCACCCUCCGACACUAGAACACACUCAUAUCAUCCGCUAUAAGCUGAAGAACACAGUGGGCGCAAACAUAUACAUAUAUUUAUACACAUACUCGAACCACGCUGCAGAAAAUGAUGUCUUGGCAUCUUAAAUGUCAGAAAAAAUAUCUAAUAUUUUUCAUCAUGAGAUUGUUUUUGGAAUAAGAUUCAACCAAAUUGUCUUAUAUGAUGUCGUUGUCGGGGGCAAAACCUCAUAUCUCUAAAAUGAUCAAUUUACAGACGGAAAACUUUGAAAGGAAGUUUAGGUAACAGGAUUUUAUUCUAAGCCAUUUUGGAGCAUUUCUAUUGGUCCAUUCAUUAUGAAAUUUAGCACAGUGUAGAGGCCAAUAUUCAAAUUCUAAUAUAUUCUUAUAAUAUAAUACAUCUUGUAAUUUUUAUAAUGGAGUGAACCUUAUAAUUCAUAUAACUACUAAUAUAUAAUGACCUUAUAAAUACUAUAAUGAAUACAUAUUUAAAUGAUGUAUCCUCACUUUUGGGGCCUUUUAUCUCUUUUUGAAAAUGCCAGUUGGGUUUUACACUGUGAUGAGAUUUCAUCAUGAAUGCACAAACAGGAGUACCGUAUAAUGUAUCAUUAGAACAUAUUAUAAAUGUAAAUAUUAGAAGAUUCACCCUGUUGUGAGGUGUUCAGCCUACUUCUAGACAUUUCUGCUAUUUGGGGUCAUCUUAUCAAGCAUCUGCGUUUGUGGAUGGUUGUUUGAUUUAACCUACGUGAACUGAUCCGUGGUGAGAUCAUUUCACUUCAUAUCAAUAGAAAUAGGUUGAAUAAUCUUAUGUUCUCAUAAUGAAAAAUAUCAGACAUGAUAUGCCAACAUUUAAGAUGCUUUCACUUGGCCAAGAGAGCAUUUUUACAGCAGCCCCCCUUCUACUAAUGCCUAAUAUCUGCCAGCCCCCCAGAACUGUUCAUAUUCACACUGAGGGUUAAGCAGACACACCAUCUGCACCAGUUUAUGGUCUAAAAUUCACUUUUUACCAUCCUCACUCACUUCAGACUCCCCAAAGCCUGCAGUAUCAUCUAACAGGCAGUCAGAGUUGGCGGAGAGACUUCUGAGAUCGGUUUAUAUGCAGGAAUAGAAUUUUACUUCUUUAUUGUCUGUGUUGUUAGGGCUGAAUUGUCACCCCCCUUUGAGAGAGUUCUUUAGGAUCACCUCUGAAAUCUUAACCUCAGCUUAUUUCAGCUUUCAUUUCUCAGUUUCUGCGACUAUUCUGCUUGUUCUGGUUUAGCUGUGAGGCUGCUUUGUUUUUAAUUAAUUAGGUUUGAUGUACAGUUAAAGAAACGGAUUAAAGAAGUCAUUCCUGAUGGGAUGGACAACACUGACCUGAUUUGUUUGUCGUACAUGAUUGUUUUUGUAGUUUUCAAGCUUAGUUAAAGUUCUGCAGAACCUGCCCAGUCCAGAUUUCCUAGAAGAAUAAGGUUUAUCUCAGAGCUAUCAGUGCGGACUCUUCAGGUCAGAACUGUGAAUUGUCCUCUCCGGGCUCUGCCCACAAAUGUGUUUCAUAGGUGCUGUUGUGAGGUUUACAGACCCCACGUAACCUACUGAGGAACAGCAGAACAGACUGUAUCACAAUGCCUACAUUUAGAGUCGGUUAUUCAUUCAGGCUGAUGUGAUUUGAUGGUGGUUUGAUGGGCCUUUUACCUGCGUUCUGUAAAGCUUGUCUAGUUUCACAACAGUAGCUACAAAAGAGUAGGCGGAGCCUGGACAGGGCAAUUUAAAAUGGAUUUCUGCCACAUCACCCAGACUUAGACCCCAAACACUUGAAACAUGUUCCUCUUCUUUUUCUCAUUGCUACAGGCUUUUGGACUGACACUAGACACACAUUUAACAGCCACCGUUAUGUUUUUACUAUCCAGUAUAGCAAAUAUAGAUGCAGUAUGAAACCUAUUCAGAUUGUUUACAAUCUUUUAAACCAAAGAAAGAAGUACAGCGUAGUUCUACAUGCAGUAUCAGUGCAUUAUAGACAUUUUACUUCCCGUUCUCACUUUGACCUUGUUUCUUGUUUCAAAGCAUCACUAAAUCCAGACUGACUGUCUGAUUAUGAUGAGAAACAUCUCCAGGUUACUAUUGAACAGAGUACAGGACUGGUGCAGUGUUCAGAUUUGGCUUUUUCUUCAUAGCAUGAUGGUAGGGAGGAGAGGUGUUUCCCUCACGUGUCUCAGUUGGCAGUAGUUUAUUUAAAGCGGCGUAAUUCGUGCCUUCUCUGUGUGUCGCAUGCUCUGAGCCCAAGUGAUUAAUCAUCCCGUCUCUGGUCCUUCAUAACGAGGAUGCUCAAUGAGGGGAAGUGGAGAACGCAUCUCAAAUUUUUCCCACAGAAUAUACAUUUUCUUCGCAGACUUUUCUUCUAGGUUUAAAAAUAUAGAAUAUAGAAAUGCCUGUUGUUGUUUUAUGAGUAAGCGCACUAGUUUGAGCAAACUGACGUCCUCUGUUACGACUCAGACUUUAACGUUAGCCUUUCAUAGCUGCUGUCGUGACGUUGGACAGGCUUUACAGAAUUCAGGUUGGUGUUUAGGCUCACGAAUGGUGAGGUUCCAGUUUAAAAUGCUGUGCUAAUGAGCUGGACUGUGCUGUCAUAGCUAAUUUAAACUAGCUAAAUUGCUAACAGCAAAGAGAAGAUAGCAGACAUGCUAGCAUUAGCUUGAUUACACAAAAUUGCAUUGUUUGUUUUGCAGGUUCACCCAGUUUUCUCCCCAGUUUAGUCAUUGCCAUUUCACCCAGCUAGCUACGAUGCUACUAAGAUAUUUUCAAACUGCUGCUGACGCAACAUCAUCAGAGCUUAACAUGCUAACUGCUAAUUCUGUUACAUCAGCUAAAGAUGCCUGCUGAGCGAUCUUGGGGAGAGGGGGGCCAUCUACCCACCCUGACAGAAAGAGGAGCGUUAUGAGCUCUUGGAGACCCACUUACAUAUGGCUGUGGCAUCAUGAUCUCCAGAUUUAGGGCCAACACUUAGACUGUUGAAGCUUGUCCAACACCCUCGACAUUAGCUAAGAAAGAACACAUUUGUGGGCGGAGCCUGGAUAAGCCAAUCAUCAGCCUGAAAUAUCUAUAAUCAUGCUCUUCUCCCAACAUGCACAGAAAGUGUUGCCCUAUUUCCACCAUCACCAAGAAUUCACCAUAUAAAUAGAGAAUACAGCUUCAUAGAUGGACAUCACCCAAGGGUGGGCAAUAUAUGAACUACAUUACCCAUGAUUCUACUUGUAAUAUGUAGUUCUUUUCAUACAGCAGUAUAGCUGCCAACUCUGGACUGUUUUCUUUCAUCCACGUCCAGAGCAAGCGUCUGUGUAACCUCACUCAUACAGCUGCGUUUAGAUUACAGAUUCUACUGACCACCUAGGCUUCUGGAGUGCUGCUUUCAGGUCUUAUCAGAUGGUCCAUCUUCAAAGCCAUCAUUCAGAAAUCUUAAUUUUCAGCUGAUUAACUAACCUGAUCUGUUUUGAGGUCUUUCUAGCAUUUUUACCAAUUAAAACGUUUACAUAACCAUCACAGUAUCUCUGUGUAUCUCACAGUAUGUAGACCACGAUUUUUGACUUUGUGCUUAAAGUCUUUUUGUCAGACCAAAUAAUCUCGUUCCAAUGUGUGGAAACAACUAUAAUAAUAAUAAUAUAAUAAUGGCAUUUUCAGUUCAAAACGAAUGGACAGUUAGAUCGGACAUCUGAAAGUGAGGAAUGUCCUGUCCAGUUUUGUCUGCUGUGUGCAAAAGAGCCGGAUAUGACUGUUCAGGCAAAACACAAACAAAACAAACAUAAAAAAAAAAUUUAAUUUCUAACUACAUACUUCAUAUGUGGAUUAUUGUCAUGGGGGUUUGUGAAGCCCUGAGCUAGAGAAUAGUUUCUGAAAAAAAAUUGAAAUUGAAUUAAAUUGUGGAUUGCAUUUAGAAAAGUUAAGAAUAUACCACUGCUCAUUUCUAUUGCUCAAAACCACAAUAGAAAGAACUGAAGGGAUGGAAAACUAAAAUUGAAAAUUCUGUUAAAAUUGAAAACCAAAAAUUGGAAUUGAAAUGGAAAAUUCAAUUAAAAAUGAAAUGGAAUUGAAAUGGAAAUUGAAAAUUCAGUGGAGAUGUGGCACUUAGAAAAAUAAGGAACAUGCCAUUGCUCACUACAACCAUGAUUGGAAGAAUCGAAUGGAUUGAAAACUAAAAUAGAAAAUUGAAAAUUCAGGUGAAAAUUUAAAAACGAAUGAAGUUGUAAUUGAUAACUCAGUUGAAGGUUGAAUAGAAUUGGACAUUUGAAUUUAAAACAUUCUCAAUUACUUACCAUUGCCCACUAAAACCAGGUUUCAAAGUAUCAACCCAUAAACAAAGGCGAAGGAAAUAUUUUUUAUAUACUUUUCAGAAUAUGUGCCCGACAUGUUUGAUAUAUAGGUAUUAACAUAGGACACUAUUACAUCCAUUUCAUCAACUCGUGUAUAUGUUUUAAUAUAAAGGCAUAUGUGUGUAUAGUGGAGUGGUUAACACCUCUGCCUUCUGUGCUGUAGACUGGGGUUCAGUUCCCCGCUUGGGUAACCACCCUACACUAUACCUUGGGCAAGACUCCCAACACUGCCUUCGCCUCCCUGUGUAAAAUGAUCAAAUUGUAAGUCACUCUGGAUAAAGGCGUCUGCCAAAUGCGGUAAAUGUAAAUUUGUAUAUUUAAUCCAUAUGAGAAGGUUGGUACGUUGACCGCAAUUGAAAUUGUCUCCCACUUGUAACUACGAUUGAAGGGACGUUCAUGUACGACUAUCAGGUUGAUUCUGAUAUCACAUGAAGGCAGCAUCUUCAGGGCUCACUAAAAGCCAAGCCCAGGAUAAUGGCCUCAUGGUCUCAUGUCCAUCACUGCGGGCAGAUUUUUUGGCAUCUCACAGUAGACGGAUGCUAUGAUUUGGCCGGUUUGAAGCACGUCGUCUGGAGCAGAAUGUAUAUGAAGAUUGAGAAUGUACACAGAGCCCUCAUAUCCAUACUUCACUAGGAGGAUGAAGACGUUUGCCUGAACCUUUUUGGAAUGUAUCUGUACUGACGACCUCCCAUCUUCAGACACACCACAGUAGCUUCUUCAGGAAGUCUAGCGCUCUUGAUUAGGAGGACGACAGUAGCCGUUUUUCUUCUUUUCAGCAUAUCUGAGUUUUAUAUGCGUCAGAAUCAGGAUGCUACUUUGUGAUGCGUCCCAGGCCGGACUGUUGUGCUGUUUAUUAGGAUAUGAAAGGCGGUCAUCAUUCACAUUUGAAUAGGAAUGCCGAUUUCCGUUUCGUUCGGGCGGUGCUGAAGUCCAGACUGACCUGAACCGAGUGUAGUUAGGCUUAAGCUAGGCUGUUAAUGAACUAUCCUUCCGAACCCCUAUUUCCCUCAUUUACGUCUCACGGGGCACAAAUAUAUAUAUAUAAUGAAACUGUAGUAAAUUCACAUAUAUAUGUAUAUACGUAUGUUUCCGGGUGUGUGGAAUAUGUGUGUGCGUGUGUUUGCGUAACGUUUGGGGGGGGUGUAUAUGACGUCUGUCUUAUUAAUGUGAUAAUUAAGUCAUCGUUGUUAACUCAGAUAAACACAGAGCUCCUUUUAUCAUGUGGUUUUUAUCCCGUACGUUACCACUGACAAAAGUACUUGAAAACAUCUGAGCAGGACGAAACUUCUGACCACCCUCACAUACUCGUCCGAGUGGUCCGAGAAACGCCAGUGUUCCUCCGUCCCAGGGCAACCCGCUUUGGACACUUGAGACGGACGCAGUAGUUAACCACAUUUUGGCCUCAGUGGACGGACCAGCCCGCAAUGUCCUGCUCUCUUCUCCACUGAUCCCUCGCUCUCUCUCUCUCUUCCUCUCUCCUUCCCUCGCUCUCUCACCACUUUCGUGUUCAUGUACUGCUUUCCUUGCCCCCCCCCUGUAAGCAAUAAUGAACCUACACAAGCCAUGAGUGAGGAGGGACUGUCUUUCGGGUAUCCGGAGGGAAGAACUGAGGCAGAUGGGGAGAGGGAAAAAAUGGAAGAGGUACAAAGGAGUGUGUUACUGAUGGUCAUCACUGUAUUCUAUUAAAGCUGUGUGAAAAAGACAAAAACUGCUGUAUUCUCUUACAGAUGUGUAUCUAUGAUAGCCAUACGCCCCUCGCAGCCUGGCGCCUAGAACCACAGAACUGGGCCUGCUGCUGAUUUCAGGAAAAAAAAGAAGGGGGUGAUUAUCUGAGGAACAGCACUUCAGAGCUGUGGCUCUCACACUUCUCAGUGUGGAGAUGUGUCCAGAAGCCUUUCACUCUCCAGAACCUGCUCUAGACGGUGCAUUUCCUCCUCUUGCUCGAAACGACUUGGUACUGAAAGCGGCGAGAGCGAAUUGCUAAAGUGACUGUUUGCCGAGAACCGAAUUUCCACACCUUUAGUCCCUUAAAUCAAAAUUACAGUCUUUUAAAAAUGUUUUUUUCAAGGGUUCUUUAGUAAAGGGAGCCCUUUGGUUCUUCUGCAUGGUGAAAGGGUUCUUCAGGCUGAUAGAGAGUGUGUUUUAUGUGGUUCUAAAUAGCACCAAUAAAGGGUUCUGCUGCUGUUGCAAGCUUGACAUCGGAGCAGUAGAGGAGCCCUGUUUGGUGCUACAAUCCACCAUGCAAAGAAACAUUUCAGCAUGCGGAUGGUUCUGUAGAGAAGUCAUGGUUUCCACUUCAAUAAAGAACCCUUGGAGAACCAUUUAAUAGUGUAUUAUGAUGAGAAAUGGGACGUGUUUGGCGUCUGAAGUUUGCCUGGUUUAGUUUUAGCACUGGAGCUACGAGGCUAAUGUAGCUAACAGCUGUGGAAGCUUAUAAACAGUUAGCAUCACGCUAGCUGCACAUCUAAAUCAUCACAAACUCUACAAACGUGUAAUGUAACGAACCUCCUCCACAGUAGUGCCGUUAUAUAUGUCUAUAUGUUAUAACCUAUAUGUCUAUAAACAGACAAGUAGAGCAUUUGGCCUUCACAGUGGCUGCUGCUACUGUUCUAAGCUACGCUAAGAUGCUAAUCGCUGGUGUUAUGGUGGUGUUGCAGCCGAUAAACAGGCAGGAUUUUAAAGUUUGCUGAGGUGAAUGACCUUAAAUGUGGUUUCUAACUGCCCACUCUGCAGGUCAAAACACGCUCCGAGUCGUUAAGUCUACCACAGCAUUAGCUUCUGUUAGCCUGCUUAGCUAAAUUAGCCUCAUUGCUCCAAUGCAAAGCUAACUUAACUGCUGAAAAAAAAGCCAUGCAAGUCUUAGCUGGUUUAUGCUGGUUUAUACUGGUCUGGUGCUGGUUUAGUUGGUCACCCAGCACGGUCAUACUGGUUGACCAGCAUACCAGGAUCCAAACCACAACAUGUGCUGGUUUUGCUGGUGACCAGCCAUGCUGGUCUAAGCUGGUUUAUACUGGUCUGGUGCUGGUUUAGUUGGUCACCCUGCAUGGUCAUACUGGCUGACCAGCAUACCAGAACCCAAACCACAACAUGUGCUGGUUUCGCUGGGGACCAGUCUUGCUAUUCUAAGCUGGAUUAUGCUGGUUUAUUCUGGUCUGGUGCUGGUAUAGCUGGUCACCCAGCAUAGUCAUACUGGUUGACCAGCAUUCUUACACAUUUUUGACCAGCCAUGCUAAUUUUUCUAGCAGGGUUCAGACACCAAACUUGUGUUUACUGAUUAGCUACAUAUAAAGGGAUAAAUUGUCUAAAUGUGUUUUUAUGGCCAAACUUUUGCUUUAAGAUCUUUCAGGCAGCACUCCUCCUGCAAAACGUCCAGCGCUGUUGGAGCAGAGAGGACUUUCGGUUGGGAGUUUUCGGAUGGUGGUGGAAACCCCUCUGUGGCUGAGCAGACUGAGCACCGUUAUCUUUGUCUGAUUGCCUUUAGAACGUAUACAAGGAAAAGCAACCCUCACCCUGUCGUUCUGUAUUUAGGAGUUUUUACUUUUCACACUCAGUUGAUGAACGAUUCCCCCAGCGCUGCCUUCUUUUCCUGUUAAAGGAAAUCCCUCUCUCACCCUCAGCGUCCGCCAGGUCCUCCUCUUACCCCUCCUUAGCUGCAGAUUAGCUCACAGUAAAAUAGUGAAAACUGUAUGUGUAUCUUAUGUGGUACUGUAGUAUUAUAAAUAUGUAUAUCUAUAACUGGUGACUAUCAUGUAUAAAGUGUAUAAGAA